UUGUCUUUGAGACUCUUGAAAAACUCUUUUAGACCAAGUACUACCGCCAAAGCCACCGCAACCUCAAUCCGUCCAGCGACCUCUCUUCUACCUACUCAGCGACACAUCUCUAUCCCAACACACGCUCCCAUGGCUCAAACUACUGUUCAAGCUGCAGACGGCUCUAACAUUGAGCUCACUCUCAGGCCAAAUCAAGAGAGGGGCAAUGCUGAUCAUGGAUGGCUCAAGACCUUCCACACGUUCAAUUUUGCCGAUUACUAUGAUCCCCGUUUCGAAAAGUGGGGAAGCCUUCGUGUCAUCAACGAAGAUCGAGUAGAAGCUAAGCAAGGGUUUGGCACACAUGCCCAUCGCGAGUUCGAGAUCUUCAGUUAUAUUGUCCAAGGAGAGCUUCAACACCGUGACUCCAUGGGCAAUGUGGAGGUGAUGAAACGAGGCGACGUCCAACUCACAUCCGCUGGAACCGGUAUUCGGCACUCUGAAAUGACGCACGGUGACAACCAAGUUCACUUCCUCCAAAUCUGGUCCUUGCCAUCCACCCGUGGGCUUCCACCUAAAUACUAUCACCGCCAUUUCUCGGAUGAAGAAAAGAGGAAGGGUCUCGUUCCUGUAGUUGCAAAACAAGGAGAAGAAGGUGUCAACGAUUCACGAGAGGGUACUGGACCUACACCUGUUCACAGUCCUCUUUGGCUCUACGCCACCUUGCUCGGCGCCGGAAACAAAGUAGAGCACGCCUUGAAGAUGAAGAAGGGUUACGUCCAUGUGGUCCAAACUAGUGGAUAUAACACCGAGGCUAGCAAGGGCAACAGAGUCAAGGUGAACGGUGCCCUGGAGCUUGGAGAAGGUGAUGGCGCCUUUGUCACAGCUACAGGAGAUGCAAGCGAGAUUGUUCGUAUCGAAAAUAUCGGAGAUGCCGAAGCUGAGGUCUUGCUAUUUGACUUGGCCUAA